AUCCGUGUCGCCAUCUUCCUCCGUCUCCUUACCUCCCUCCUUACGCCGUCGUCUGCGUCUGCUCGCCACGAACAGCAGCCCACUCUUUUGAUUUCUCACCACGCCCCUGAAUCCGCAUGCGACUAGCUGGUUCUGGUCACUACACAAUAACCGCCCCCCCCGCUCACUUGCAUUCUCUUCUCGUCAACACCAGUCAUGUGUAGUGGUCCUAAAUGGAAGCGUGAAGUCGUCCCAGACCACAAGUUCGAUUUCGUUGACACACGCGAGUUUUGCGACAAUGGAUUUAUGAUGCGCAUGAAGUACAUGUGGCUAUACAUCAUUGUCCUCAAGUCAUUUAUGGUUUAUGUUUCCGAUAUAUUUUCAGCCAUCACCAUGUUGUCGACGAAUAAUUGGUCCAACGAAAUUUUUAAGCAAUGCCAGAACAUUGACGGAUGUUUUUUCAUUCCAUUCGAUACUGGAAAAUGGCUUUUCGUAGGCUGCAUCAUCUUCUCCUUCCUUCUGUUGGCGUACGAGUCGCGGAAAGCAAAGAAAAUUAUUGCUAGUCGAGAUAUAUCCUAUGCGUUUACCAAUGUCAUGGCCAACAAUUACUACUCUCUCCGCUCAUAUGAUCAUUUUUGCUUCUUCGACCAUAUCAGCAACUCCACCAAGGUCAGCGACGAUUUCGCCUUCUUCGUGUUCUUUGUCUUCAAGAGUUGGAAACGCCUUCUUCUAGCAGAUGGUCCACGCCAAACGAUAAACGCUCUCACCUUGUAUGCUGUUUGGCUCUCAAGAAAGGAUAACGAGGGAUCGUGGUACGACGUUUCCAAGUACUUCCAAGGGAACAGUUUGUCGACAUCUGCUCUGACGGUGACAUCUUUCUUUACGGUCGUCGUUUUUGCUGGUUCCCUCCUGCUUCUCACCAUUGCAGCCAUUUGUUACAUUCCCCUCCUCUGCCACAUUCGGGGCAACCUCAAGGCAAGCCAAGCUAAAAUCUUGAAAGAAUACUGUUGUCACAAGGUUGAUAAGCGCAUCGGCGAUGUCAUCAAACGUAGACAGAAGCAGCGAUUGGCCGAUGCUGUCAGAUUGGCACAGAAAGAAGCCAGGGGCGACUUUUCGCACUUGAAGAAUAAGAAAGGAGAACUUAUCGCUCAACCUCUUCCUCAACCUACUCUACCAAAUCUUUCGGUCGACGAUGACGACGAUACUUCAUCGAUGAACACUCGUGCGCCUGCACCGAGCACCUAUACCCAGGACUAUUACCAUUACCAAGCGGACAAAGGCCCCGCAGAUUACCCCCCGCCUAUGCCCGCAUACAAUCCCUAUUCCACCCAUCAAGCACCUGGAAGUUAUGCCCACUUCAAUCCAUCCACAGCGACCUUCGGGUACGACGACCAACAACCGAUAUAUGACGAUGAUGCCGAAAGCCUCGCACGCCUAACCACAUCCGCUGCACCAUUCUCAAAUCAACCUGCGGAUCCGUAUCAACAUGUUGGGCAAAGUCCAUAUGGCCAAUCGCACGGCGUUGGCCACAGUUACGACCCCCAUGAUGUUUAUGAAGGACGUGUGGACCCAGUGCAACCUCCUGCACGUCGGUGGUCACCUCAAGCAUCAAUAUCGAGUGGAUUAGCAUACGACGAUUCACCAGAUCCGUCGCAUUAUCCCUCGGCCCAGUCAUUGCAGAAUCGUAGUGACGACCCUUACAGCGGGUAUUCAAGCAAUCCUGGGACACCUCAGCAGCCUCAAAUUGGUGGUCGUGAUUAUAAUGGAGGUGGUCCGGCACAUGGACAAUCGCGAGUCGUGUAACAUCUUUUUUUUGCUUUGUUGGUUUUCUUUGCAUCCGUUACCCUACGCAGUUCGAUUCUGCUCUUCAAGCCCAUUUUACCUAGCGAUUUCCUAGAGGGGGUGCUGUGUACAUUAUUGAAUAAUCGCUAAACGCACCUAGAGUAUAUCGCGUUG